AUGGCAUUGGUUGAUCAUUAUGCCGGAUUAUUCGAAUUAAGAGUUUUUAAAAACCAGUAUGCAAUAGAGUUUCUCUUACCUACCGGUGAACGCUGUAGAGAAUGUGAACAUGAUCAAAAGAGUCGGGAAGCUAAAAAUGAAAGAAUUGAUGGUCAUAAAAGGCAGGAUGGUGCACUAGCCAAGGAUGGCACAACACCAGCUGCCUCACCUCGGCAGACAAAUGGGCCAUCUGACACGAUUUUUUUUUUGCAAUAA